CCCGUCCUGUCAAGCGCACGGCACCAAACCUUCCCCUGGCUCUGUUCUACUUCAUCGCAGUCACUCCUUCUAUCCAGACCCCACUCCUCCCAUCAUUCGAUCUCUGUGCCCUCGUUGAACCGCUGAAGAUGGUGGACAGUAAGGUCCCUCAACCAGGACCGGCCAAGUUGAAGCGCAAUGCCGGCCCCGACGAAUGGCUCGAGGCCGCAAAGGAUUGCAAGUACCUGUCCGAGCCGCACAUGAAACAGCUUUGUGAGAUGGUCAAGGAAUUUAUGAUGGAAGAAUCGAACAUCCAACCCGUUUCAACGCCCGUCACCAUCUGCGGAGAUAUCCAUGGCCAAUUCUACGAUCUGCUAGAGCUCUUCCGAGUCUCUGGUGGCAUGCCCGACCAAUCGGACGUCGAGGCCCCGAAGACGUCGCCCUCCGUGAUCACCUCCGACGACCUCGAACCCCCCUCCUCCAUUUCGGACCCCAAGCUGCGGAAGAAACUAAGAAAGUCUGGAGGCUCGGAGGAUGCAGGCGAUGACUCCUCCAACGCCAGUCGCGAGCGAUCGUCGAGCGCCGGGUCGUCGGACAUCUCGGUAAACCGGAAUUUCGUCUUCCUGGGCGACUACGUCGACAGAGGAUAUUUCAGUUUGGAGACGUUGACCUUGCUAUUAUGCUUGAAGGCGAAGUUCCCGGAUCGAGUAACGCUGGUGCGCGGAAAUCACGAAUCUCGACAAAUCACCCAGGUGUAUGGAUUCUACGAGGAGUGCUUUCAGAAAUACGGCAAUGCGUCUGUGUGGAAGGCCUGUUGCCAGGUCUUUGACUUUAUGACGCUCGGAGCGAUUAUCGAUGGUCGGGUGCUGUGUGUGCACGGUGGAUUGAGUCCGGAAAUCAGAACUUUGGAUCAAGUGCGAGUGGUCGCGAGAGCCCAGGAGAUUCCCCACGAGGGUGCAUUCUGUGACCUGGUCUGGUCUGACCCGGAUGAUGUGGAGACGUGGGCUGUCAGUCCCAGAGGCGCCGGAUGGCUGUUCGGAGACAAGGUGGCCGAUGAAUUCUGCCACGUCAACGAUUUAACACUGAUCGCCCGAGCGCAUCAGCUGGUCAACGAAGGCUACAAGUACCACUUCGCCAACCAGAACGUGGUGACCGUGUGGAGCGCGCCGAACUACUGCUACCGCUGCGGCAAUCUGGCGUCGGUGUGCGAGGUCGGGGAGGACCUACGACCGACGUUCAAACUCUUCAGUGCGGUCAGCGACGACCAACGACACGUUCCGACAGCGCGGCCGGGCCGCAGCGAGUACUUCUUGUAAAAAAGAUUUGUUUCCUGGUUGUCUUUUCGGCGCGUUCGUGGUCAGACUGUAACUCACGAGGGGAUGCACCGGCGCUGGCGUUCGGAGUAAAUAUGGACAUGGCGAUACUCUUCGGUUGAGGGUGACCAUUCUAUAUAACGAUUUAGAGUCCAAUAAUGAUUUGUUGAUGAUUG